AUGUUCUCUGAAUAUGCCUCACGAUUCCUUGCUCAGUCACAGUCGCGAGUAACUUCGCGACCAGACGAGGUUCAAAGGACGGGUCGUAGCCGCCCUAGUCAACAGCAAGGCAACCCUCGACAACCCUCAUCACGCUCCUUCCUUCGACCUAGUGAUCCUUAUCGACCGGGUGCAUCCCAAACAUCUCAUUUUCCUUUUGCCCCCCGCAGUUCGGUUCAACAAGCUCCCCUUUUCUUCAGUGCCACCGAUGAAUUCCGAGAGGAAGAUGACGAAACAGAACGUGAGCGAGAAAUUGCUGAUUUCUAUGCGCUUCAACGAUCGAGGCGGCAUUUUGGCGACAGCAACUUGAACGAUUCAUCGGAGCUUGACGAGUCUGAACCUUCAGGGUUAGAAAGCUCACCAUACAACGAUUGCCCUGGCAAUGGGAAGGGCAUCAAGAGCUCAUGGCGGGGAGAAGAAUAUGCUUUUGGUGCUCGUCCUUUUCCUAUCGAGUCUGUGGCAGAAAUCCCAGAACAUGAACCGGCACCUCGGUCCAGCUCAAGCAGUAGCAAAGUUCGAGGUCAUCUAGUUGACGUCGGCCUGGAAGAUUCUUUACGGGCCGAUUUUAACGAUAGUCAAGCCUUAUCCAGUCCCGGGGCCCAUGAUCCACCUGUUCAGCGAUUCCGAGAAAGAAAACAGCUGAAGGGGCCCUCUGGUCUCAGCCAGCAUGAGGCGGCCGUAGAACCAGCCGAGCUUUCAUCGCAAGAUGCUCCACGGCCCCCCCAGCUCAGCAAGCUCGUUCCCAGCAUCGAUAUCACCGCUAGCCUCAGAAAACACAGUACAUGA